AUGGCCUCUUUCCGGUUCUCAGCCCUAUUUCUAGGGUUUCCAUUACUUUUUCUGCUAAUCUCACCAACACAAUCACUCAACUGUUCGUCAAAAAAUUUCACAAACAACAUCUUGUACACAAACUGCACAGAUUUACCCACUCUAAGCUCCUACCUUUACUGGACCUACGAACCCACAAAUUCAUCUCUCUCCAUCCUCUUCAUCGCCCCUCCGGCAAAACCCACUGGCUGGAUCGCCUGGGCCAUAAAUCCAACUGGCACAGGAAUGGCUGGCUCUCAAGCUUUGAUUGCGUUUCAAGGUUCCAACGGAACUAUGGCCGUCAAGACCUAUAACAUCAGCUCGUACACGUCCGUUGUGGAAUCGAAGCUCUCGUUCGAUGUGCUGAACCCGCGAGCUGAGUACUCCGGUGGGCUCAUGAUGAUAUUUGCCACGCUAGCAUUGCCGAAGAACAUGACGACGGUGAGCCAGGUGUGGCAGGUGGGUGCGUCGGUGACCAGUGGAGUGCCAAUGAAGCAUGAUUUUGGGCCGGCGAAUCUAAAUUCCAAGGGGAGUUUAGAGUUGGUGAAGGUAGCACAGAGUAAUGGUACUACUACCGGUGGUGGUUCUGGUGGUGGUAGUUCUAACACUACUAGUGGAGGGCCGAGUGGGUCUGAUAAAGCUGGGGCGGCUUCAAUGUUUGGGCAGAGUCUCGCUGGUUUUUAUGUAACUUUGCUAUUGCUUGGAAGUUUUGUUGUUGGGUUUUGA